AUGACAGAAGAUAACUGCUUCGUUUAUGCUUGCAUUCAGGCUGGAGUAAAUGAAGAAACUAUUGACCACAUGAGAGAAGUCAUUCGUGUUAGAGACUUUCCUCAAAGUAAAGUACAAGAAAUUUCUGACGCAACAGGUAUAGCAUUUAAUGUUACCAUUGGUUACUUCAAUGACUCAAGACAUAAUGAAAUAAAGAGAUACAUACCAAAAGAAUGUGAAACUGUUCGAACUAUUGACCUACUUCUUGUUGAAGACCACUACAUGCUAAAUGAAAGACUUCCAAUGACAACAUAUUUCAUUCGAAACUAUAAAGAAAUCUUGAAGGAGUGUGGUGGAAUGAACAUUGAAAAACAGAUGAAAAUAUAUACAAAGAGAGAAGAUAAAUAUGUAGUUCGUUAUGAUAGAACAACACCGCUAUGGGAUGUUAUGAAAACAUUGUGGGAGUGCAAAUAUUUUGAACCUAUUUCUUAUGGAGAACUUUUCACAUAUACGACUGACUUAUAUAAACAGAACCUUGCACCAUUUAAAGAUUUGACAUAUGCUCCAAAGUAUUGUGUACAACUGAAGAAGAAAGCAGAGUCAAAAGAAGUAAAUAAAGCUAAAUGUAAAUUCAUUCCUGAGCACGUUUUCUUUGCUGACUUUGAGUGUAGUACGGAUGGCUUUCAUAAAGCUUUUAACAUCUGUUAUGACAGUGAAGAUGGUUCAGUUAGUGAAAGCAUUUGGGGUCAAAACUGUGCAACAGAAUUUUUGGAAAGACUUCCUGACAAGAGUUUAAUAUAUUUCCAUAACCUCAGUUAUGACAUAAACUUCAUCUUAAGACACAUGACAGAAGUGAAAGGAACUCCCAUCAUUAAAGGUUCACGAACAAUGCAAAUAACUGGUUUAUAUAAAGGACGGGCAAUUAUUAUAAAAGACUCUUACAGUGUUAUAAAUAA